AUGGGCCAGAGCAGUGUCGCAGAAUGUUACCUAGCGUUUUAUGUUCGUAUGUCAACAUUGAAGAAAAUUGAUUGGAAAUCAACCACAAUGAUGAACAUACAAGAUGACAACUUCAUGGAACACCCCCAAGAUCUAGCAAAUCUCCAAAAUACGUUGGAUGAAGGAGAAUAUGCCCCUUUCGUAUCUCCUCCCAUGUUAGAGAGCAACUUUAUCCAGGUCAACAGGAGAGGCGAGUCCAUAUAUCUUCAUAACAGAGCCAACUGGGUGACUGUAGGCAUCUGUUCUGCCAACCACACCACCAAGACCCCCAGUGUGAUGCUACUCGCACAUCUAGCAUCUGUCACUGACAGCGAUACAGAACCGCUUUACAGUAGUUUCCUAGAGCCAUCAUCUCCAGAGAAACUGGUGCUUACCAGGUUCCUCCCUCUACAGUUUGUUACUCUUACUGUGCAUGAUUUUGAUAAGAUGCGACUGAAAGUAAAGUUAGUAAGUAAAAAAGCCUACUACCUGCAGCUCUGCGCCCCUGCAUACCUCCAGGACAGUUUGUUUGAUCAAUGGGUAGAGCUCAUCUCCUUCCUAAAUCAGGAGAAAGCCAAAGUUUCCAAAGUAUCAGAAAUCUCGAGCGCCUCCGAAAUGACCAACAGCACAGACAUCACAUGUUCAACAGAAAACGUGGAUCUGAUGGGAAUAGUAGAUGAGAAGUGCCUAAACACGCACUCGGCCGCCAAUCCUGAAUAUGUCAUCGAAAGUGUCGACUUCUCCGAUGUCACUGAGAACACUGAUGUCACCGAUGUUACAGAUGUUCCUGAAAACGAAGUCAAAGAAGUCCCGGAUGUAAGAAUUGUCACAGAAGUCACAGAGAUCCAAGAUCAAAGUGAGAUCAAAACUAGCUCAGUUGUCACGGUGGUAUUUGAAAAUGAAGACAUAAUCAAGUCCAAAGCAGAGGAAACGAAAAUAAAAAACAUUCCGAAGCCUGGAUGUCUACGAGAUUCAAGCAAUAAGAGUGAUCUUUCGAAACGUGUCACCAUCUCAAACUUGACAUUGACUUUUGAAGGUGAAAAACGUAUUCAUUCCACCAUGACUCCAGGCAAAAGUGCAUCCAGCAAUGAGGAUAAAAUCUCUAAAAAGAAGAUAACUGAUCGUAAAGACACAACCAACACAGCUGAAGCAUCCAGGUAUGCGAGGUGGGGAAGUGUGAGAGAAGCUGACAGGACGCGCUUGAGAACUGACUCAGACUCUUCAGGUAUGGAACCAAUGCCACCGAGUUUCUCUGUGGCCCCCGGUACCCCGCAGUCACCAUGGGUUCUGGAACCAAGUAGUUACAAGCAAAGGAACCCAGACAAACAUUCUUAUGUGUUUCCUUUCCUGCCUUUAUAUUUCGAGAGUCCUGCAAAAUGCAGACUGUUUCUUAGAGUCUAUCUUUACACUCUCUUCCAUCGAUAA